ACCAAUUAAAACGAUUCAAAAUUGAGACAGAGAAGAGAGAGAAAGAGAGAUUGGGGGUUGUUAGCUAGGGUAAGUAUGGCAUUAACAGAAAGUGAGGCGGUGGGCUUGAUCAACGUGUUACCGGUAGAGUGCGUCGCCAGCGUGCUGUCGUUCACGAGCCCUCCGGACGCGGGUCGGUCGUCAUUGGUUUCCACGACCUUCAGAUCGGCCGCCGAAUUUGACGCCGUAUGGGAAAGCUUUCUGCCACCCCAGUACAAGAGCAUAAUCUCCCGCUCCGCCGAUUCGUCGUCUUCGCUCUGUUUUUCUUCGAAGAAGGAGCUUUAUCUCCAUCUCUGCGAUCAUCCCCUCCUCAUCGACGAUGGCAGGAAGAGCUUUUGGUUGGAGAAAAUGAGCGGGAAGAUAUGCUACAUGCUUUCUCCCAAGGACCUCCUGAUUGCCUGGAUGGAAAAUCCUCAUUAUUGGAGAUGGACUUCUUUACCCGAUGCCAGGUUCCCGGAGGUGGCGGAGCUUAUCCAAGUGUGGUGGCUGGAAAUCCGUGGGAAGAUAAAUACGUGCAUGCUGUCACGAGCCACGCUGUAUACAGCUUACCUUGUGUUCAACCUGUCGUCAAAGUCACGUGGAUUUGUAAACCUACGUAUGGAGGCUGCGGUUGGAGGGCACAAGCGGAGGGUGUUUCUGGAUGUGAAACAAGAAGGAGUGCGAGGUUUUAACCCUCGCGCCGGGAUGGGGUACUUUCAAGAGCUGCGGUGGAGAGAGGAGGAUGGCGAGCGUCCGAAGAAGAGAGGAGAUGGGUGGUUGGAGAUCGAAUUGGGUGACUUCUUCAAUGGAGGAGAUGAUGAUGAUGAUGAAGUCGAAAUAAGUGUUUUGGAGGCGGUGAAGGCUGGUAUGUUGAAGCGUGGCCUCAUUGUUCAAGGGAUUGAGAUCAGGCCAAAAAGUGUGUGAAUGAGA